AUGUAUCUCAAAUUCUAUCUUCCACUGACCCUAAGCCAAGUGCAAACCGUUCUAGCGUUUAUCCUGAGUAUCUUGAGUAUAGGAUGGAUUUUUUUCCUGUCGGCCAUCAUAAGAUAUUAUACAUUACGACGAAUUAAGAGAAGUGACUCGGUACCAGUAAUGGAGGCCGUAUUGCCGCUCAACUUAGUUGAUGUUUAUAAUAUACUGCGUUCAAAGAGAACAAAAUUAACAGUGACCAUUUGCUUACUGGUGUUGUGUGGUUUGGCACUCACAAAUUUCGAUGGCAUUAUUGUUGUAAACACCAUAGGCUUUGUUGAGACAUGUAGAACGGCUGUUGUUAAAACUAGUGCUCAAAUUACCACCGAAAAUUUUCAAGUAGCGGUGGCUUCGUAUGCUGAAACAGAUGCAAUCUUACAAAAAAGAAACAAAAGUGGUGUCCCGAGUGGAGUCCUUGUGGGGCAACUGCCAAAAGAUUCUCGUUGGAAAUUUGACUCGAGUUUUGAUGUUGAUCCUUAUCCGUGGAGAAGUUCAUGUUCAGUUUACGCGUCCGGAGAAACCAAUGUAAACUUGAACACUUCAAUAUUGUCUGAUCUAACUUAUAAAAAUGGUUCGUUGGAACAAUUUUUACCAGAGGUACACUCUCAAUACGGAUUUCGUAACGGCUCAGAUGGAUACAAUUUCAAUGGAAAUAGUUUUAAAUCUUAUGUACACUUUAAUCGCAGUAACGGCGACACCAAUUCCACCGCAACGGGGAGCCUAAUAUUAAUGAUAGAACGGUUCAUACGGGGAAAUGUGAGUGAAGUUGGAGCUGGCGUUAUUGACAGGUUGUGGACGCUUAGGGUACCUGAGGAAAACAGAAUGCCUUAUAAUCGAAAUAAUCUGUCGCAAUCUGAAAUUGUAUCAGUGCCCAUUGUCGUUAAGGCAUAUGCGUGUGAGGUGACACGUGUUAAAGAAGGUAGUCAGGGCGGUGUCAACGUAUUAGGAGAUAUCUCAGUAGCUUUAAGUACAUCAGGUGAUCUCGUGGGUAGACAAUAUUUGGUCGCACAAAUAAAAGGUACUGACGACACGAUAUUGGAAUAUACACCAGAGUACUGGGCGUCGUACAUAGAGGUGAGAGAUACAAUGGUGGCAAAAGAUUCCGAGGUAUCCGCACGAAUAUACCUCCCAUGCUUUACCGUCGACAUUAUAUAUAUCAUAUUAGUAGGCACUUAUUUCAUACUUUUUCUCGUGGGGACAGCAUUCUGGUUGAGGUUUAAGAUGGAUGACAUCAAUGUUCCAGGAAGCGUUGUUAGUUGGGCAGUUCUUGCAUGUGGAGAUGAAUUUGAUUCAAUCAACACGGCCGAGUUCAAAUAUAUUAAUAAGAACACUACCGAGUAA